AUGACAGCACCACCCCAGUUCAUUGACCUCAGCCGUCAUCUGUCGCCCGAGACGUUAGCACGCAAGGUUAACCCGUUGAAGGACAUCAUCCGCGUGGUUACAAACAACCCGCAACUCAUCUCCUUGGCUAAUGGAGACCCGCACCAUUCGCUCUACCCGAUCCGCCGCAUCGACUAUGAAGUCGCCUCAGCCGCUUCCGACGACCCAGUCGGGCAGUGGAAAGCACUCGGCUCUUCAGCGGCUACCCAAGUUCUGAGCACGUCCAAGGACGACGAGUCGAGACGUCUCCUCAACAGCGCGCUCGCGUACGGACACGGCGCGGGCCUCUCAGACGCACUUCGGAUCGUAACAGAGAUCAACAACAAGUACCACACCGCCCCGCACCAUGUCCCCACCAUGACACUCGGCAACGCGGAUGCGAUCACCAAGUGCCUCCGGAUGCUCGCCACGCCUGGAGACUCAUUUUUGGCGGACGAGUUCACCUUUGCGCCUAUGCCGAUGGCAGCAGAGGCGCACGGCGUCAACUGGGUGCCGGUCAGAAUUGACUCGGGCGGGCUUGUACCUGAAGAGCUCGAACGCAUUCUCGCGAACUGGAACCCGGAGCGCGGGCGUAGGCCUCAUGUCUUGUACACAACGCCAUGCGGACAGAACCCGACUGGAUCCACGCUGAGCCUAGAGAGGCGCAAACAGAUAUACGACAUCGCCCAACGCUACGAUAUCAUCAUCAUAGAGGAUGACCCUUACUACUUCCUUCAAUACGACGCGCCCGGGUCUGAGCCCGCACACAUGACGAAGGAUUUUGCAACAUCUCUGUUGUCCAUGGACGUCGACGGGCGAGUGAUACGCAUCGACAGCUUCAGCAAAAUCAUGGCCCCAGGCAUGCGCCUCGGCUGGAUCACCAGCCACCCGGACUUCUACACGCACCUCGUCAAGUUCAUCGACCUCUCCACGCAGAACCCGCACGGCUUCGGGCAGAUCCUCAUCGUCGAGCUGCUCGGCCCGCACGGCUGGCAGCUCGCCGGGUUCGACCGCUGGGUGCGCAGCCUGUGCGCGGACUACCAGCGCCGGCGCGACUUCCUCCUCGCGCUGUUCGAGCGCGACGUCGCGAGCACCGGCUUCGCAAGCGCGGACGUGCCCGAGGCGGGCAUGUUCAUUUGGGUGCGCGUGGACGUCGAGAAGCACCCGCGGUUCGUGCGCGCGGCGGAGGAUAAGACGGGCGCGGGCGUCGCGAAGACGAACACGGGCGCGUUAAUGACGGAGCUCUUCGAUGCGUGUAUCGCGAGUGGGCUGGUCAUUUGUCCUUCGUCCGUGUUCAUCCUGCCUGCGGACCCGCGGUACGACGACGUAUCCGAGCCUAUCGAUGAUCGCUCGAACUUCAUAAGGGUGACGUUCGCGGGCGCCGAGGAGACGAUGGCGGCCGGCAUUCCUAUCCUUGGGCGCGUGCUGAAAGAGUUCUUCGCUGGCAGUUCGCUUGCGAAGUAA